GUGACGGGCGCGCGCGCGCGGUGCUCGCUGCCCCCACGCUGCUCCCUCGGCUCGGAUCGCCGCGGCUCCAGCUCCCGACACUGCAAGCCCGGGACCACGGAUCCGGAGGCGGCAGCCGUGCUAGGUGGGCUCCGCCGUUUGGCGCAGCGGUCGAGGCAGCGGCGCGUUGUGCAGCGCGGAGCCCCGCAAGUUCCCUGGAGGCGAUGUCGCCGGGCGCGGGCCCCUGCGUAAGACGGGCGCCGAGACAGGCCGGCCAGUGAGGGGGAGGCCGCGGCGGAGCUCCGGGACUGGCCAUGGGAUGAGACGCAUCCUCGCCGAGCAGCCUGUAGUGAAAGUGACCCUUCCAUCCUCUACCAGAACAUGCCGGGGUGACUCCCUCCCAGAUCUUCUUGUGGCCUUCCUCGCCCUCCCUAGUGACACUAUGCAACCCCAGCGUGACCUGAGAGGCCUCUGGCUCCUGCUGCUGUCCUUGUUCCUGCUCCUCUUUGAGGUAGCCAGGGCUGGCCGUGUGGUUAGCUGUCCUACCAACUGCCUGUGCGCCAGCAACAUCCUCAGCUGCUCCAAACAGCAACUGCUCAAUGUGCCCCACUCCUUGCCCAGCUACACAGCAUUAUUGGACCUCAGCCACAACAACCUGAGCCGUCUACGGGCCGAGUGGACCCUUACCCGUCUGACCAACCUGCACACCUUGCUGCUGAGCCACAACCACCUGAACUUCAUCUCCUCUGAGGCCUUUAUCCCGGUACCCAAGCUGCGCUACCUGGACCUCUCCUCCAACCAGCUUCAUACGCUGGAUGAGUUCUUAUUCAGUGAUCUGCAAGCCCUGGAGGUGCUGCUGCUCUACAAUAACCACAUCGGCGUGGUGGACCGAUAUGCUUUCGAGGACAUGGCCCAGCUGCAGAAACUCUACUUGAGCCAGAACCAGAUCUCCCGCUUCCCUCUGGAACUGAUCAAGGAAGGAAACAAAUUACCCAAACUGAUACUCCUGGAUCUCUCCUCCAACAAGCUGAAGAAGUUGCCGCUGACUGACCUGCAGAAGCUGCCAGCCUGGGUCAAGAAUGGUUUGUACCUGCAUAACAACCCCCUGGAAUGCGACUGCAAGCUCUACCAGCUGUUUUCUCACUGGCAGUAUAGACAGCUGAGUUCUGUGAUGGACUUCCAGGAGGAUCUCUACUGCAUGCAUUCCAAGAAACUGCACAAUGUCUUCAGUCUGGAUUUCUUCAAUUGCAGCGAGUACAAGGAGAGUGCCUGGGAGGCUCACCUGGGGGACGCCUUGACCAUCACAUGUGACACCAAGCAGCAAGGGAUGACCAAAGUGUGGGUGACACCAAGCAAUGAACGGGUGCUAAAUCAGGGGGCCAAUGGCACAGUGACAGUGUCUAAGGAUGGUAGUCUUCAUUUUGAAAAGGUGCAGGUUGAGGAUGGGGGUGUGUAUACCUGCUACGCUGUGGGGGAGACUUUCAAUGAGACACUGUCUGUGGAGUUGAAAGUGUACAACUUCACCUUGCACGGACACCAUGACACCCUCAACACAGCCUAUACCACCCUGGUGGGUUGUAUUCUCAGUGUGGUCCUGGUCCUCAUUUACCUGUAUCUCACUCCUUGUCGAUGUUGGUGCCGGGGUGUAGAGAAGCCUUCCAGCCAUCAAGGAGAUAGCCUCAGCUCUUCUAUGCUUAGUACCACACCCAACCACGAUCCUAUUGCUGGUGGGGACAAAGAUGAUGGUUUUGAUAGGCGGGUGGCCUUCCUGGAACCUGCUGGACCUGGGCAGGGUCAAAAUGGCAAACUCAAGCCAGGCAACACUCUGCCGGUGCCCGAGGCAACAGGCAAGGGCCAACGGAGAAUGUCAGAUCCAGAGUCGGUCAGCUCGGUCUUCUCUGAUACGCCCAUUGUGGUGUGAGCAGGAUAGGUUGGUGGGGAGGUUCUGCCCCAGGAGAGGUAGUGCACCCCUGAAUGAUAUGAGGGGAUGGAAGAGAGGGCUGGCUGCCCAAGGGAGUGGGUUCCUCCUGACCACCAGGGAAUUGGUCAUGGGCACGGACAGCAGGCAAGACCCCAAGGAGGGUGUGGAUGCUGUGAGUUUUGCAUAUGGAUAUAUUAAUCCUCAGGCAGACGCCACACCCCUACCCAGAGCCUUGGCAAUUCUCAAUGUGGUAGAAGAGGAGGAGGAACACGUCUGAGUUGGAUGGGAAUGAGGAAAGGGGUGAGGGGAAGAGCAGAUUCCUUAAACUUUUUUGAGGUCAUCCCUAGCUCCUUAAGAGAAAAAACAUUUGAAAAACAAAUUUGUUCUGUCUCUGCCCACCCACACCUGUGAAGUUGUGUGUGUUGGGGGAGCCUCCACAGGAGCCACGUCGGGAAGCUGCAGUACUUUCUUUGGUCAGGAAGUCACAGCUAGGGAAUUGGAAACCUUUGGAAAAUGAGUCAGGGAAAGGCUGAGACCUGGAUCAAUAACACUCCCCAAAGCUGCUGGGAGACUUCCCACUGAAGCUGCCUCCUUUCCCCAGGAGCCCUGAGUAGGUGGAUCUUGCCUGUUAGUUAUGGCAGCAAUGUAGGCUGUGGUUUCUGUGCCUUGUCCUGGGACAAGUGGCACAGAUGGGUACGCAAUGAACUAAGGGGUCUCUGUCACAGCACAAAACUUGUAGAUGGAGAAUGAACUCCAGGUAGGCUAAUUCUCUGUCUGGGGAAAACCUUUGGUUAGUCUUUGACUCCCAGUGUCUGUGUGCCAGACCAGGCUAGGGACUGCUGAAGGCAGAGCUUGUAUGGGUGCCUGCACAGAUGUAGCACGAAGGCUACUCUCACCAGAAGGGAUGAGGGAAAACCAGCCUCUUUGAUGUAGCAGCCUGCUGGACCUACCUGAUUUUCUGUGUCUGCCAUCUCUUCAGUCAGUCUGCUAAUCAACUCAGGUGGCAUUUUGGGUUUACUAUAUAUGCUUCUCUGCAAAGGGAAGAGCCCAAGAAAGUCUGGUCUUGCUUGUUAAAUCAGGUCUGGAGAUAGCCCAGACCCAAGAUGUACCUUUUCUGUGCUACCAAGGCUGCUCUGCUCCUACUGCAAAGCCACAGCAUGGGAUCUUGGCAACUGAGGGGUUAGAACUGAGUUGUCUUUGAGAAAGACAGUGUGGAGCGUGGCUUAGAGCCCUUCCCUUCCCACCAAGCUCCAGGCAGUCUUGUGCUAGAGGCAUCAGUGGCACUAAACUUUCAGAAGGAAAGUUCCACUGCCCCAUUUCUCUCAGCCAGAGGUCUGUGCAGUUGUGAUUGUCAGAGGAGGAACUUAACAGCAAACCCAGCCUUAGGUUCCAUCCAGGUACGCAGAAUGCUUUGUGUGAGGAGAUGUCUGCCCCCCUAAGCUUUUCCCUUUGACUGUCCUGCAGGCCUGGAGGCAGCUGCUCUGAGCUUUGGUAGGAGGGGAGGGUGAGCAGGGCAAAGACAAAAAUGUUCCCUGAUGUUGGUCUUUUCCAGUGUCUUUUCUUUCCCUUGUUACAUGUCUGUUGGAAAUUGUCCAGAUCUUCUAGUUUCCUGACCUGCUUUUUAGGUUCUAAGAGGUGUUGUUUACCUGUGGGUGAGGGCUGCUUCCUAGGAGGACCUGUUAAGCUGCUUAUUAAGACUGGGGAAGAGAACUCGAAGUUAACAUUUUCCUUUUGUCUGCUCCUGGGAUCUCAAGGCUGCUGUCCAUCCUUUAUUAGUAACCUAGUUUUGUCAAGAGAGAGGUGCAGCAAUUCCCCUCAAGUAGUUGCAUGCUCAUAGGUAUGCAUGCUCAUAGGUAUGCAUGCACACCAGCACCUUGACCUCCACCAGGACAGUGAAUCUGUAGCCCCCUCUAAUGCCACCACUUCCAGAACAGCCUCCACCUGUGUGCACAACUUCUCACAUACAAUUUUCUUGCACUGUAGGAGAGACAGUGACCAUGCCAGGCUCCUCAAAUGCAAUCUCUUGUUCUUUGAUUUCUGAACACCCUGAACCCUCACCCAUUACCUCCAUGGCUCUGAAUCACUUCUCUACAGAGGCUGGAGUUACAGGGGGGCAUAGGUUGAAGACUAAGGAGUGGUGAGGCUCUAACUGGUUCUUUAGACUCCUGAGAAACCUUCCUUAAAGACUACAUAUAUAAGACAUGGAACUAGAACCAGAUCAAUGAAAGACCCCAAAGGAUACAGGCAGAGAGCUAAGCAGCCAUGAAUUGCUCUUCCUGUGUUGACUGUCCUGAUAUACAAGGAAGGGUUGGAGAGAAAUGCUGUCUGGUUGUAUUCCAAAGACUUCUGAGGAUUUUGUCACCAGAGCUUUAGGAAUAGAACCCCUACCCCCACCCUCAAACUCAUCAGGAAAUGGGAAAAUCUCUCUCCAUGUGGCAGUGUCCUCUCUUGACACCAUCCAGGGCUUUGAAACUCUUUCAAGUAGAGGUCAAAUGAAGCUAGCCUUCUGGGGCAUUCUAGCUGAGCUCCUGAGGACCAGAAGGGCCAUUUUCUUCAUAAGUCCUACCUCUCCCUCCUGUAUCCACUAACUUGGGCCCAAGUUUGAGACACCUGGAGGAUGUACCUGAUUACUCACCAGGAGAUAUAACUGAUUAGUCACUUCCUAUGGUUGCAGUUCAUUUAACCCAAAGGUAGCUUUCUCCUUGCAGGAAGGGUGUGUGUCAAUAUCCACAUAUAUAGUCCACUAGAACCUGGGGGGGGCUGUCAGGUGUGGAUAUAAGGAAAGGCUGAGCGAUCACCUCCUCACCCCAUCUUGCACCCAUAAACCAUGUCUCCCAGAAAGCAGAUGUCUCUGGAGACAGAAUGUGACAGGGCUCUAUAGUCUUAAGUAAUUAUUUGUGAUCUUUUUCUUUGCUGUAUUUAUGGGGCUCCCUGGAAGAGGCCAGGAGAGGGUAGACCCCAUCUGGAGAGAACAAAGCCAAUUUUCCAGUUUUGUGUAUGUUCUUACCUCUGUACUUCCUUCUCCUGUGUCUAGGACUCUUCCCCCAACUGUGUAUACCCAAGCUGGCAAACCUCAGAGCCAAUGGGUUCUGAAACUAGACAAUGACCAUUAAACCUGGCUUGAGUCUC